CUGCCUUCUGGGCUACCGAUUUUAAGAGCAAAUGAGCCAUCUCAGAGUUUAGCUUCAACUCUUCGCUCUAAUCGUUUUCCUCUCAGCUAUGGAUUUCGAAGAAGAGUUUGCAGAUCAGCAUGUUCCUCCGUCUUUCGAUCCAAUGAAAAACGUUGUCACAGCCAAGGGAUUGAACCCAGGAUUGAUUGUGUUGCUUGUGAUUGGUGGACUUGUGUUGGCAUUCCUUGUUGGAAACUACUUGCUAUACAUGCAUGCACAGAAGACACUUGGCCCCAAGAAGAAGAAGCCAGUCUCCAAGAAGAAGAUGAAGAGGGAAAGACUGAAGCAAGGUGUCUCAGCACCAGGAGAAUAGAUCAUCAAUCUAGAGAGCUCCAAGUUCCUGCAGCUUGAUCGUCCUUGUAGUGUAUGAGUUUGUUAAUUUUGGUGUAUUCAGUUCAUGUACUUUAGUUCAGUUUGAGAGACUUUUAGGAAUGUGAAGAGAAUGGGUAGAGAUGGUUGGGUUUUGCAAUGAAUAAUAUCCCUCAACCCUAUCUACUUGUGAUAUGAUAUCACGGCAAAAAGUGAAAGAAAAGCAAGAUAUGAGUAGGUGGAAUAAAUCUCUUCUGAUUUCUGAAUUU